ACAAAACUGUCAAAUCAUCGGUCGGCGUUUUCGUUUUCGCUUGUCAUCUUUCAAGUUUUACUAAAAUUAUUUGAAAUAUUUAAUUAAAUACAAUUUUUAACAAUGGCUUUAAUGGAUUUGUGCCGUCUCGACGAGAAAAUAAACCUCAGGCCCAUGGAUUCUUUAGCAUCAUUCCAAAAUGAUGUCGUAGGCUACAGCCAGAAUUUUGUACACAGUGCCCAACUAGCGAUCCCUCCUUUUGCAAAUCCCGCAGAAAGUUUAGCCAAAUUCAACACUCACGAUGAGACAGGCAAAGAAAUCAAAAUUGAAUUCGACCACGGAACUACCACUCUUGGUUUUCGCUACCAGGGAGGAGUCCUGUUGGCCGUAGACUCCCGUGCCACUGGUGGUCAGUUCAUUGGCUCUCAGUCGAUGAAGAAAAUUGUUGAAAUAAAUGAUUAUUUGCUGGGAACUCUGGCCGGAGGCGCAGCAGACUGCGUGUACUGGGACCGCGUGCUCGCCAAACAAUGCCGGCUGUAUGAGCUCCGCAACAGGGAACGCAUCUCCGUGGCCGCCGCCAGCAAACUGAUGGCCAACAUGGUCUACAAUUAUAAGGGAAUGGGACUCAGUAUGGGGAUGAUGCUGGCUGGUUUUGAUAAAAGGGGUUGCCAGCUAUAUUAUGUAGACAGCGAGGGCACUAGGACUCCCGGCAAGGUAUUCUCCGUGGGCUCUGGUUCAGUCUACGCUUUUGGUGUGCUCGACUCAGGGUACAAGUGGGAUCUUACUGAUUUAGAGGCACAAGAACUCGGCCGCCGCGCCAUCUACCACGCGACCCACCGCGACGCGUACUCCGGCGGCAUCGUCAGAGUCUACCACAUCAGCGAUAAAGGCUGGGUCAACAUCUCCAACCAGGAUUGUAGCGAGCUGCAUUAUAAGUAUCAGGAAGAGAAGGGCAUCCAGGAAUAGGGGGUUCAAUAAAUAAUUAUUUGUACCAAA